GUGCUCUUCUGAGGUCAGAGUUAGUCCCAUAGAGUUUUGUAUUUACUACAGCUAAACUUAACACUUUCUUCCUCUUUCCCAGGUAUGCUGACAUUUAACAUCCUGGGCAUUCCUCUUAUUGGGGCAGACAUCUGUGGCUUUGGAGGCAGCACUACAGAAGAACUAUGUGUCCGAUGGACCCAGCUUGGAGCUUUCUACCCCUUUUCAAGAAAUCACAACUCCAUAGAUGAACAGGAUCAGGAACCAACUGCAUUUAGUCCUGCAGCUCGAAUAGCAAUGAAAGAAGUCAUCCUCCUGCGUUAUUCCCUAUUCCCGCAUCUCUACACACUCUUCCAUCAUGCACACAUCAGUGGACACACGGUUGCCACACCACUGCUCUUCCAGUAAGAUA